AUGUCGCUUUCUCAUCUUGCAAAGGAUAUGGACAAAAACACAAGGUACUUCCAUAAUAUAGCUUCAGCAAGGAGGAGGAACAACAGGGUUGAUGCGCUGGAGGAGUCUCCUAUUGCGGGUUUUAGGGAUGGUCUGGUGGAUAUGAUAGCUGAAGAGGAUGCUGCGACCUUAGAGGAGGAUGAGAUCAGUUAUGCUAGGCCUGGUUGGAGAACUCAGAGUGCGUUCGUCAAGGGUUGGAAAAUACAUGACGGGGCGCUUAUAGCAUGUGAAACUGUACAGUGGCUUAAAUUAAGGAAAAAGCCGGCGGCCAUAAUCAAACUGGACUUUCAAAAGGCAUAUGAUAGGGUCAAGUGGAGUUGUAGACAUCGUCCUGCAGAAGAUGGGCUUUGGGUGAAGGUGGAGGGAAUGGGAAUGAUUGGAGAGGCAGUUAGAAACGGCAAGAUAACUCCUUUAUUCGUCGGGAGAGACAAUAUUGAAUUGUCAUAUCUUCAAUUUGCUGAUGACACUGUGCUGUUCUAUCUGUCAGAGGAAGAGACCAUUAAGAAUUACAUGAGGCUUCUACGAUGCUUUGAGUUGAUGUUGGGUUUAAGUAUCAACUUUGACAAGUCCAGUUUGAUCCCAAUCAAUUGUGAACAACAGCGGGUUCGGAGUAUGUGCAGUUUGCUGGGGUGCAAGGAAGCUAACCUUUUGCUAGAUACCUUGGAAUCCCUUUAG